AUGGCUCAAUUAUUUAAACAGUAUGGAAGUAAUGCUAAUAGGGGAGGGCAGCAGGACAUUUACGUGCAGUUUAGGAGAAUGGAUCCUAAAGAUUUCUCGGGUACUACUGAUCCAUUCGUGGCGGAGGAAUGGAUCCGAUCAUUAGAGGUGAUCUUCCGAUAUAUUAAUAUGGUAGAUGCUGAUAGGGUUCGUUGGGGUGCCAUUUUGUACCCCUUAUUGCCAACGACGCUACUGAGAAACUCAGGCACUUCUUGGACGGUCUCAGGCCUACCAUCCGCCGAGAUGUUCUCCUCACAAACCCAGCUGCGUAUAAUGAUGCUGUUAAUGGAGCUUACAGGGGCAGAGCAGUCUUUGAAAGACAUAGAAUGGGAGAUGCAGAGAAAGAGGCCACAACCACAACAGCAACAACAGCAGAAUAUGAAGCCUUACACGGGGCCACAGAAAGGACAACAAAAGCCUCUGGGGAACCCCAAGCAACAACUGAGAGCAGCUGCCCCAAAGACCGAGGAGAAGCCAUUGUGCAGGAAGUACAACCGCCAGCACCAUGGCAAAUGCAUGUGGGGUACCUACAAGUGCUUCAACUGUGGAGAAGAGGGACAUAAAGCUAUGGAUUGCCCAAAGAAGAAACAACCUAUGAUUGGUCGAGCUUUUGUGAUGCAUGCCAAGGAGGCGGAGCCAGACACUACUCUUAUCACAGGCAGAAUAUUCAUCGCAGGCAUAGGUACCUAUGCAUUGCUAGAUUCUGGGGCUACACACUCAUUUAUAUCUGAGACCUUCUUAAAGCGACUAGGAAUCUUACCAGAAGACGUGGAUGUGGGAUUUAGAGUCAUAGUUCCCUCGGGCGAACAAAUGUUAUCUACCAAGAUGGUAAAGGAUAUUGAGCUUAGACUAUAG